GUAGUUAUAUUUUACUGCUGAUUUGAAAUAUGUUCUUUGAUCGUAAUCUUGACCAACUGUUUAUGAGAUUUUGGUCUUUCCCCAUUCAAGUAGAGAGGAGCUGCACUUGUAUGCCACUUGUGGACUGACUCACUUAAAAGACUUUGGUUUUCUGGCUAAUCCACAGGCGACCCAAGAACCGACUCAAAAGAAUGAUUCGCGAAUCGAAUUGCUGUUUCAGGAAACAGCAGUGUCGUGUGUCAGUAUUGUGUAUGUGUGUGAGAGUGUGUUGUGUUCACACACACAGAUGGAGUCGGGCCGUGUCGUGUACGGAGCCUCUCUGGCCGGUGCGGGAUUCGAUCUCAUUAAAUUCAUCAAACAGCCUCAAACUAUCACACGAUUCCUCAGCUGGGUGUUUUCCAUUGUGGUGUUUGCCUCUAUAACAGCGGAAGGUUAUGUGAACACCAGCGAUGAACAGCAGGUGAUGUGUGUCUUCAACAGGAAUGAUGGGGUGUGUCAUUACGGGGUUGGCAUCGGUGUCAUCACCUUCCUGGCAUGCGUAGCCUUCCUAAUGGCUGAUGCUUACCUGCCAUUGAUGAGCAAUGCUCAGGAGAGGAAGUAUGUUGUGAUGACUGAUCUGGUAUUCUCAGGGUCCUGGACGUUUCUGUGGUUUGUGUGUUUCUGUCUCAUGUCAGAUCAGUGGUCAAAGACCCUUGACAUCCAUGGCAUUCCUACAGAUGGCGUCCAUGCUGUCAUCACCUUCUCAUUCUUUUCCGUCGCCUCAUGGGGUGCGUUAACUUAUUUUGCUCUGGUGAGGUUUCGUCAGGGUGUUGAAGAUGUGAUGCAGAACCACAAUGAGCCGCCCUCCGACCACACCUCGCCGUACCCGAGCAGCACAUAUACGCCACCAACAUACCCGUCCUUCCAAAACACCCGUCCAGACAUCACCCAACAACCUCCCUUCGUACCAAACCCAGAUCCUGUCGGCCAGAGCAACUAUCAGCCGCCAACUUACUGACACAUGACAGAGACGCAGGUCACGUGAUGCAGGAUAUGGGAGGAGCCUCAACAGGCAGCCAAUAGGAGCAUUUCUUUGCUGCCAUAGAGAUACUUUUUACAAGAGGCAAUACAAAAAUCUGUAAACAUUUAAGAAUUGACUUUUAUUUUGUUGACUCAUGUGACUAUAGAUUAUUUGUUUCUGAUUUGCAAAGAUGAGCUUGAAUAUGAAGAAUUCUGUACUGAAUUAUUGUGAAACUACUGAUCCAGCUACAAUUUUUGGUUAUAAAAAUAAAACCUAAAAAUAACCACUAGAGAAUGUUCUGUAUAGAUUUAUCACUGCUGUGUGUUGAACUUUUCACAGAUAAAUGAGCAGGAAUGUGUAGGGUGGGUUAGAAACAGACACACACAGUGUUCAUGAAAAGAGCAGAAUGACCCAGUUGUGGGUUAUUGUGCUAGUAAAGAGCCGGUCUGUUCAACACUUUAGGAGAAUAAGCCAUUAAGCAUGUAAUUCACAGUAAAAAUGUCUUAGAUACCAGACAUCCUGUGACAUUUUUCUAAAAACAAAUUAAAGCAGUUUUGUGUUGUGAACAAGUCCUGAAGUAUCUGUGGAUAUAAUUACAGAUUUACUCACCCACAUAAGUCAUUCUUAUUCUUCGCUGUUGUCGAGUUCUGAUUUACCUGCUAAAUAACACUGACUUGCAAAAACACAGUGUAUGUGAUGCCUUUUGAGAUGAACCACAAAAUAACUGCAUCAUUUUUAUUAUUUAACUCAGUUUGUUGUGAAGUAUAUUAUAAUUUAUUUAGGCCUCCAUUCAGUUAGUUUAUAACUUGUUAAUUUUGUCACUGAACAUUUACGUUACCACCAGUAUAAAGCUUUCAUACAUCAGUAUUAAGACCUUAUCAACCACAUCAGACACUUUUCAGUGUGUCCAGCACAAGUUCUGAAUGUUGCAUUGUAUUUUAUUUGCCAUUUUAUUGUUGUUUGGUUCUAGUAAUUCUAUAAUAGAAGUGCUCAAUCGAUCUGGUAGUUUUGCAUUUCUUCUUCCAAGUUACAGAUGUAAACAUGUCAAUCUAUAUUUUCCCUGAAUUGCCAAAUGAAUUUUUUGGGUUAAUACAUUUCUGCAAAGCAUGUGGUGUAAAUUCCAAAGGAAAAUACCCUUUUUACAUUUGGACAGCUAUAAAUGUGAAGAUGGAAUUUACUAAACAACACCCUUUUGAUUCCUGUAGUUGUUUUCAAACAUCACGUAUUAUUCCGGUUCAGAAAGCCACUUUGUUUUUGUAAUAUCUGCUCUACUAUCGUAUUGUGCCAUAGUUGUGCCUUGUAACAAACAGCAUUUAAAAAUAAACUGCCUUGUUCAAAUUUCA